GGGGAACUUGAGCCAUCUGCAGACAAGAGGACCUUUUUUCUCUGCGGGGCUGGUUAGCCAUCCAGAGGGUGGUGGUGUUCCUGGAAGUCCCGAGCUGGGGUCGGCUGGAAGAUGACCGAAUAUAAGCUGGUGGUGGUGGGAGCUGGUGGUGUUGGGAAGAGUGCUUUGACGAUACAGCUCAUUCAGAACCAUUUCGUUGAUGAGUAUGACCCCACGAUAGAGGAUUCCUACAGAAAGCAGGUCGUCAUCGAUGGAGAGACCUGCUUGUUAGACAUCUUGGAUACCGCAGGGCAAGAGGAGUACAGUGCCAUGAGAGACCAGUACAUGAGAACGGGGGAAGGAUUCCUCUGUGUCUUCGCCAUCAACAACACCAAGUCCUUUGAAGAUAUUCACCAGUACAGGGAGCAGAUCAAGAGGGUGAAGGACUCAGAUGAUGUUCCGAUGGUGCUGGUGGGGAAUAAAUGUGACCUACCAGCCCGGACAGUGGAGACCCGGCAAGCGCAGGACCUGGCCCGGAGUUAUGGGAUCCCCUACAUAGAAACAUCUGCCAAAACCAGACAGGGCGUUGAAGAUGCCUUCUACACCUUGGUGCGGGAGAUCCGCCAGCACAAGCUGCGCAAGCUGAACCCCCCAGAUGAGAGCGGCCCCGGCUGCAUGAACUGUAAAUGUGUGAUAUCGUGACUACGCUGACUGGACCGUGUCUUGGAGAGGUUCCCACUGGGCAGAGCGCCAGGAAAGAGGUGAAGAAAAGGAAGAAGUGAACUGAUUCAGGGGAAGAGUAUAGGGGGAGGGGGAGAGGAAGAGGAGGAGGAAGAGGACAGGGGGAGCAUGAGCCCCUCCAAGGACUAUCUCGCACUUCACCCAAGCCUGCGGCAAAUGACUUUUUUUUUUUUUUUUUUUUUCUUUCCCCAUUCCCUCCUCCUUUGGCCUCCUCCCACCCCGGCAACUGUACAAAGCCACAGAUUGAAUCACAGUAAAUUAUUAUUUGAUGGUCUCAACAAA